AUGUCACGUGAAUUUGACGUGGUUUUUAAAGGAUGGCUCGAAAUUUUUGAGAUAGGAGGAGAUUUGCAAAACAUGAUUGCUGUAGGCAGAAAAUUUAAAAGAAAAUUAGAAUUAAACAUCAAGAAUGAUGAUGUAUUUGUUGAUAACUGGAAAUUUUCCAAAUUAGCUUUUUGUUUAAGGUUAACUUUUGAAGAAGUUAAAAUUGACUUUGAGGAGAAAAAAAUGAUGAGGAUUUCUAAUACUAAAAAUGAAAAAGAUUAUUAUAAAACAUUAGUGUUUAUAAAAAGAGUCCUUAAUAUUUCACAACCUUUAACGAUUGAAAAUAUAUCAAAAGAGGUUGGUUGUCCAACAACAAUUAUUCAAUAUGCAGAGAUUUUGCUUGAAGAUUUUCAAAAAAAUUGGUCACAAAAGCAACGAAAUCUUAUAACAGAUUUUGAAAAUGAUAUUUAUAAAAUUGUUGCAUUUUAUUGUUGUUGUGAAGCAUUUGGAGUUCAAAAGAAAUUUGAUAUAAGUCAAUUAAUCAAGUGUGAUGGUUUCAUCACGACUGAAACAAUCUUUAAUGAAUAUCUUAAAAUUUUCAGAGGAAAAACGAAAAGUCAUAUUACGCGACUUAAAAAGAUUUCAGGGGAUGUUAGUCACACAAUUAAUAAUAUGUUUAAGACAGAUAAAAAACGUAAAGCAAACACUUUCAAUGAUAAAGAUAAGGAUGCAAAUGUUUAUGAUGGCGAAUUAAAAGGCAAAAAAAAGAAAUUUACAAUUAACAACAGCAGUAGCAAUAGUAAUCCAAUUAUUAUUAUUACAAAGAUACCAAAGAAAGGUCCGUUGGCACUUAAUUGUUCAAUGAAAGAAUUAAAUAAAUGUAGAAAAUUGAAUCUUUGUUGA